AUCGACAAAUUGGUGGGAUUUCCCCAAGUUUCAACCACUAUCUGGUCUUCCCCUCCUCCCCCAAUUUUCAUCCUUCACCAAAGCUUUCACUAAUGGCAUCGAAUCCUAACCCAAUCUUUAUUUCCUCCGAUUCUCUUCACUCAAUCCUUUCCCACAGCACCUUAAUCCAACACUUCCAUUCUUCUCUCCCCACCGUCUCCUCCGCCAUCAACACCCCAAUCCGCCAACACUACUCUCUUUCACCUUCCUCCUCUCUCCUCCUCAUGCCUUCCUGGUCUUCAGCCCCAUCUCUUCCUUACAUAGGUGUUAAGCUCGUCACCCAUUUCCCUCAAAACUCCACCAUCAACUUACCCGGCAUCCACGCUAAUUACGUCCUCUUCUCCUCCACCACCGGCCAACCUUUAGCUUCAAUGGACGGAACCCUUUUAACCCUUUACAGAACAGCUUCCGUUUCAGGCUUAGCUUCCAAAAUAUUAGCCAAAAAAAACAGCAAAAUCCUCAUCAUGAUCGGUGCAGGUGCUUUAGCACCUCAUUUGAUCAAAGCCCAUUUAUCAUCAAACCCCAGUUUACAAAAAGUGAUAAUUUGGAACAGAACGAUCAAAAAAGCCAUCGAUUUAGCCGGAACUCUACAAAAAAGCAACGAAUUCAAAGGGGUUAGUUUCGAAACCAAUGAAUCGUUAGAUGAAAUCGUUCCAUUAGGUGAUAUUAUUAGUUGUGCUACGAAUGCUGAAACGCCGCUUGUUAAAGGUGAGAGGUUGAAACAUGGAGCUCAUUUGGAUUUAGUGGGCUCGUUCAGGGAAACCAUGAAAGAAUGUGAUGAUGAAGCGGUUAAAAGAGGGAGAGUUUAUGUUGAUAGUGGAGCGGCGCUUGUGGAAGCUGGGGAAUUGGUAGGUGCUUUUGAAAGAGGAGUGAUCGGGAAAGGAGAUGUUGGGGGUAAUUUAGUGGAGUUGAUUGAAGGGAAGAAAGUUGGGAGGAAGGAUUGUGAAGAGAUUACAGUGUUUAAAUCUGUUGGUUCGGGUGUUGUGGAUUUGUUGGCUGCUCAAUUGGUGUAUGAGACUUGUAUGAAGAAGAAUAAAGGUUGAAGACAUGGUUUUUCUUUUCUGGGCUCUUGGUUUGAUUUUUGUUGUUGUGUGUUAUGAAAGGUAUGGAACCUGUUUUUGUUUUAAGAUGGCUAUGAAUGAAAAUAAUUCAGCUUUCAUGCUUUAGGGUUAA